GUACAAUUAAAAUUUAAAAUAUGUCAACAUAAACGUGAUGAACAAUUAUUGAUAAAUAUAGUCGACUUCUUAGGUUUCGGACGUAUUUAUAAAGUUAAUGAGGCGGGUAUUGAAAUCUUAGUUACCAAGUUUACGGAUAUAAUUAAUCUUCUUGCACUAUUUAAAGAGUAUCCUUUACAAGGAGCUAAAUCCAAAGAUUGGUUGGAUUUUUGCACAAUAGUUGAAUUGAUGCAGAAUAAGGCUCAUUUAAGUGCAUCUGGUUUAGAUCAAAUAUGUAAAAUCAAAGCUGGCAUGAAUACAGGUAGAGAAUUACUUUAA